UCGUAUGUUUUGCUUCGUUUGUUGCAUUCUGCAUUACUCGUUCGGCUUUGGAGCUGAUGGGUACACAUUGCUCUAAGUGCUCGUCGUUUUGGAGAACUGACGCUUUGCGAAUAUAGACGUCGAGCGUCAUUUGGCGCAUGGCUUGGAGCCGAUAAUUCGUCGAGGAAGAAGGUAUCAGUCAGCCCUUGCCAUGACAACCUCAAAGGACUUGAAUGUCGCGAGAAAAGCGCUGGUCGUUUCGUUGGGCGAAAAUUCCAAAGUGUACUUUGACAAAAUGAAGCUGUGGUUUCAAAUGAAGACGACGAAAGAGGAGUUCGACAAAGAAGCCCGGAGUAUCAUGUCAGAGGACCAAGUGCAUCUGCACAACGAGUUUCUCCUUUGCCUGUUCAACAAAGUUCGCGGACUCGUUGUGUCGGCUCCACCGAGGAUAACCAAAGUGAACAGUGCACAGAGCAAUGCGCAGAAUUUGAAGGAGAAACGCCUGCGUUUGAAACGAAAGUACAAAUCAGACAAAUCGAAUUUCGAGCCUGCAGAUGUGUACGCAGAAGUCUUGAGUCAGGCGUCUUCACCGGUGGGCGACGAGCCCAUAGGUGCAAACCGAUCCAGUGCACAGGAGCUGGUGCUGCCUGACCGUACCUUUGUUUUGGCCAGACUCAUGCUGGCUGCCUGGGAGAAUAAUAUGGAUGGAGCUGAAGAUAACACUGCGCAUAUUAUAAUUGCAGCAACUCAAGUAUUUCUGAAGAACAUUUUGACAGCCAUGAUUACACGAAGAAAGGGAUUCCGCAUUCGAGACGAGUCUUUUAUAUACAACAUUGGUGAGACGGUACCAAGCUCGUGGAAGAGGAAUACGUCGUCUAUCAUCAGAGAAGAGAAGUUCACAAAUCCGACGAUCGUUGUGGAACCUGCUGGGCAAAUGCCUAAUCCAAAGAUGUGCAUAGAAGACGCUGAACAAGCCACGGCUUUUGCUCUGGCCUGCUCAACACAGACUUUAGUGUCGGUUCCUCCUUGCAUUAGUAUUGCUGACUUGCAACAAACGUUAAAGAUUCAAAAGAACCUUGUGAACAACCACACAGUAUAUGCAACCAAUAAAGAAAGACUGUUUACUUAUAAUACGCACUCAACAAGAGAAGACUUGGAAGCUCAGAAACUUUUGACAUAGUUAUGAAUUAUAUAUUUCUAAGAUAUGUAAACAAAAAGCUAUUCAUUUUUUUUUAAUAAAUCGUUAUUUUUUUAAGAGUA